AUGUUAACCAGACGGAUAACGUCACUGGGUUGUCGAAUACCAUUGACAUUUAAGCGACUUCAAAGUCAUCUGGCUAAUGACUUCAAAGAACUCCAUCCGUCCUUGCUUUUAAGAGCUCAAAAAUACGUUGAUGAAUUGGCCGUGCUGGAACAAUGGCUAUCAGGAGGUGGCACAUUUGAUGUCGAAAAGCAGAGACAGUUUGCGAAGUUUUCGACAAUUGUGGAUUUUUACAGAUCUUAUGCGGAACAGUUGGCCAAUUACCGGGACCUUCAACAGAUGCUUGAAGAUCCGGGGUUGAAACUAGAAGCCGAAGCCGAAAUUCAAGCUACGAUACCGUCACUGUUGAAGGCUUCGUCCGAUUUACUGAAUUGGCUAUUGCCGCGACACCCGUUUGCAGACAAGCCAUGCAUCUUAGAACUGCGACCGGGUGUCGGAGGCAUAGAGGCGAUGAUUUUUGCUCAGGACUUGCUAACGAUGUAUAUCAAUUACGCACAAACCCAUAAGUGGAAAUGGCAUAUUGUUGCCAAGACCGAAAAUGAGAGUGGGUCUGGUAUCUUGGAUGCGAUUUUGAGCAUCGAUGAGCCUGGAUCUUACGAUAAAUUGAAAUUUGAAGCUGGGGUGCACCGAGUGCAACGGAUUCCUGCUACUGAGACCAAAGGUCGUACCCAUACGUCGACUGCGGCUGUGAUUGUCUUGCCGCAAAUGGCAGAGGAGACAGAACGCGAAUCGGAGGCUUACGAAAGAACGUUCAAACCAGGCGAAAUUCGGAUUGAUGUCAUGCGUGCGCGUGGAAAAGGCGGCCAACACGUCAAUACGACCGAUUCAGCUGUCAGAUUGACGCAUUUUCCGUCAGGAAUUGUCAUUUCGAUGCAAGAUGAACGAUCUCAGCACAAGAAUCGUGCCAAAGCCUUUGCCAUACUGCGUGCAAAACUGGCUGAAAUGGAACGGAAAGAGAAAGAAAUCAAAGAGCGUGCUGUUCGUCGUGAACAAGUCACGACUGCAGACAGGUCCGACAAAAUCAGGACUUACAACUAUCCGCAAAACAGGAUCACAGAUCAUCGAUGUGGAUUCACAUUACACGACAUCGAAGGAAUAAUGGCAGGUGAAAGGCUGGACGAUUUGAUCCAGGCAGUGUCGAAGCAUGAUAUAGAAGUCAAAGCGAAAAAACUUCUCGAGGAAAAAUGA